AUGCCCGCACGCGGCGACCGCAGCGCCCCCGUCUUCAAGUCCGCCUUCGACCUCCCCGGCUAUCUCGAAGAACUCGAGCGCCUCUUCACCGAGCACGGUGUCACCGACGAGCGUCAAAAGGUAGACCUUGCCAUCCGCUACCUGCCAUACGACGAAGCGCGCGUCUGGCGCUCGACCGACUCUUACACCGACGCCACCAAAUCCUAUGCCGACUUCAAGGCCGAGAUAACGGCUCUUUACCCUGGUACUGCUCUCGAAGGUCAAGCAACGCGCGCCGACAUCGAGGCCCUCGUCUCCGCUCGCGCUUCAGCCCCGAUCAGGACGCGCAUCGAGCUCGGCGAGUACAACCGCCGCUUCAAAGUCCUUGCGGACGACCUUCGAAAGAAGCACGCCGGCGCGCUUCUCUCCGACAACGACGCAAACGACCUUUACCUCCGCGCGUUCACCGGCGAUUUCCGCGACCGUCUCCUCCGAUGCAUGCAGACCGCGCUCCCCACGCACAACUUUGAGCUAGCCUAUCCGCGUGCUACUGUCUUCAAGGAGGCCGACGCUAUUCUUGCCGGCCAUCGCGGACCCACCACGCUCUUCACUUCGGCCCCGCCCGCGACGCUUAAGCAAGAAGAUAUCGCAUCCGCCGUUCAGUCC